AGGAGGUCGAUGUCGAGGUUUUCUCUCCACGGAAACGAUAGGUAUAGGUAAAGGGGAGAUAACUUGUUUAAUCUAAGCGAAGACAACUCUAUCAUUUGCUGAGCGUCGAGGUAUAAUGGCGCACUUCGAGGAGAAAAGUGGCAUCGUUCCUGUGAAAACCCCGUGGGGAGCUUGGUGGCAAACUGUAGACGAAGUAUUCGUACUGGUCAACGUGCAACCAGGUACUUCAGGUCGGGAUAUAAAGUGUACCAUUCAACCACGACACUUGAAACUGGUUGUAAAAGGAGAGACAGUCAUCGACGGACAACUGGCAGAUGUGGUCCGCGCCGACGACUGUUUGUGGACUUUGGAAGACAAAUGCAAGGUGGACCUAUGUUUAUUGAAGUCUUUUUGUGGAGCUGAGAAGUGUUGGAAGUCGUUGCUAGAAGGACAAUACCAAGCUGAUCCUUAUACUUUCGAUCAGAUGGAGAAAAAAUUAACUUUGCAGCGAUUCCAGUAUGAAAAUCCUGGCUUCGACUUCAGUGGUGCAGCAAUGACCGGCAACUACCAAGGAGGUGGACCCAAGUUCAAUACGUAAUGUUUCUUUCAUUCUCCACUUUCACCAACCUCCCCCCCCUCUCUCUCUCUCACAAUCAUAUUUUACUUCCUCGUCUCUCCUCAGACCUCCUACACAAACACCAUCAAUGUGUAAACAGGAUCAUGUGUUCAUUUCUUUAUUUGACAACUUCGUUCCUUCGCAAUGUCUUCUUCUUUGAAGAUCCGCAACAGAAAUAAAAUUGUCUUUAUUUUUCUAACCUUACAAAGGCCUGGGUACAAUUUAAAAGAAGACCCAGAGAAAAAAAUGUUGGCGACACAAAGUCGAUCCAAAAACUCAGUCUUCGGUCACACAACAAUUAUAACAAGAAAUGUUUGACUCGAUCUUGUUUUACCCUCUUCCUCCUGCUACAAAUUAUUAUCAUUAUUAUUAUUAUCAUUAUUAUUUACUACUACAACACACCAGUAAUACUAUCACAACCAACGGUUUAACAUCUCAGGAAAAGGCAUAAACGUUACAACUUCCCAUUACCGUUUUCCUAUUAUUAUCGACCAUGCGACUCUAAACACAUCAAUAAAACAUUAAAAAGAAAUAAAGUUUUUUCAUCUUUUAUCUACAUCUAAAGAUCGAAGAUCGAUGAUACCUCAAUAAACAGGUUUUGAUCCACCUUAUGAUAUUUCUGGGUCUGCAAUGUUGAAAAUCAUUUCCUUUAAUGAAUACCUGCGUAUGAAUACACACACACAAAAGAAAAAGCAUCGAUCAUAUUUCUUCCUGGAGGGGCCACCUUGUCCCUAGUUUUUACCAUUCUGUCUCUCAUACUUCCUUAACUUUUAAGCGCAAAUAUUUUGUCUGUGCCGCAUCACAUGAAAAACAGGUAUCCACUCAAUACAAAGAAAUAAUGCUGUGUAUAUAUAUAUAUAUAUAUAUAUAUAUACACACACACACACACAUAUUAUCACGGUAUAAUAAAUAAUAAUAUUCACACAGACAGACGGGGCAGAUGUCUCACAGAAGAGAAGCAAGAGGAAUGUCUCAUGAUGGGAUGCACAGAAGCAAGUUUGGUGAAACUACUCGAACAUUCUUUAAAGUUUUGGUUAUUUCCAUAUGAUUCCGUAACAUAUUUUAUUUUAUUCUCUAAAUCGGAAUGUUAUCAUGCCAAGCUUUUUUUUACAUUGUUUUAUAUUAAACAUCGUUAUUUAAAAAUAAA